AUGGACAAACCGCCGACCGAAGAGAAGACUAGGGAAGAGGUGGAGGCCGAGCGAAAAGCCAAGCGAGCAGCGAAACAGGAACGGAAAAAAGCGGCUUUGGAAAAACAGAAACCAGAGGGACUAGAAAUCCAAAAAAAGUCUAAAGAUCCGUCCACAGAAUCACCUAAUGCAGUUGAUCCCGCGAAAGUACCUAAGCCAAAAACAGAUGUACCCAAGGCAGCACCCAAGAAACAAACAACUCAAAAAAUUGAUGCAACCAAAAAAGUGAUUAAAAGUAACAAAAACAAAGAAAAUAUCAUUGUUAAAAAGGUAGAAGAAGUAAAACCUACAGCAAAAACAGUGAAUUUAGUAAAUUUAGUGAAGAAAUCCGCAGGACCCGUUACACACAAAGUUAAACUAUUCAAUCAUCUUUAUAAUGACUCUUUGGUGACAGAAAACAAAUUAAAAAUAAAUUCUGGUAAAGUUCAUCCAUCUUUUAUAAAACUCGGAGUUCAAAUGCAAACUUCUGUUGUAGCAGGAUCGAAUGCUAGAUGUCUCGCCUUCUUAUAUGCACUCAAACAAACAAUUUCAGAUUUUGUAACUCCAGAACACAAACAUUUUUCUCGUUCUUUUGAAGAACACCUUGGACCAGCUAUUGAUCACUUAAUGGCAUGUAGACCGUUUUCAGUAUCCAUGAAUAACGCACACAAAUCUAUCAUGUCUCAUGUAAAGAGAUUACCUCACAAUAUUUCUGAUGGUCAUGCCAAAGAAGCAUUAGAAACUGUUAUAAAUACAUAUAUUUACGUCCAAAUACAUAUGGCUGGUAAGGCAAUUUGUAUUGCGGCUCAAAAUAAGAUUGGAAAAGGAGAUGUUAUACUUACUUAUGGAUAUUCUUCUUUAAUUGAACGGAUCCUAACGGACGCUCACUCUAAUAACAAACAAUUCAGUGUGAUCGUGGUUGACUCUGCACCAUGGUAUGAAGGCCGUCAACUUCUCCAUCGUCUUGUGCGUAACAACAUCCAGUGCACUUAUGUACUCCUCUCGGCGACCAGUUUUAUCAUGACUAGAGCAACUAAAGUGCUGCUAGGUGCACAUGCAUUGUUGGCCAACGGUUACGUUAUGGGUCGAGCGGGCAGUUCUCAGAUAGCUUUGGUAGCCAAACAUUUCAAUGUACCUGUAUUGGUGUGUUGUGAAACAUACAAAUUUACAGAACGUGUGCAAACCGACUCAAUAGUUUUCAACGAACUAGGUAAUGAAAAAGACGUCAUGCCCAAAGAACAAUGGUUGAACAAUCGUUAUUUGACUCCGUUAGGUCUUAGGUACGAUGUGACCACUUCUGAUUUGAUAACAGCUGUUGUGACAGAAAUUGCUAUAUUACCAUGUACCAGUGUUCCAGUCGUUUUGAGGGUGCGACCAAACUAAUACAGGAUGUGUAACAAUUAACAUAUGCCUGAUGUUCAUCAUGAACAGCAGCAAAAAUAAAUAAAAAUGUAUUUAAUUUACAAUUUUAUAUUGAUUUUUAAUAAGAUAAUAUAAUUUGUUUUCUGUUGUACAAUGUUCCAAAUGUAAACGUUUUUUUUUUUUUUUUGACAUUAGGUGUCUGUCAAAAGUUUACUGCCGCUUGCCCAUACACUAUUUAAUGUAAAAUAUGUAAAAAGCUAAAUUAUGUUGUUAAUUAACAGUAAACAAACGUUGGGUAACAAUGUUUGUGAUGGAACAAUCUAAUAAUAAUAAUUCAAUGUAUAUGAGUCACAUAAUAGUAUAUAAUAAUUUAAAAAAAAAGGGUAAUUUUUACAAAAGUAAGAAAUAUUAGAUUCAAUUCUUAAACUAAAAAUAUUGUAUAAUACAAGUUAUUAAAACAUAAUUUAAAUAUUUGUUCAUAAUGUAGGCAUAUUUAAUUUGUUGUCUUAUUCACUACACGCAGACGCAUUGGUAGCGGUAUUUAAAAAAAAAAAAAUUAUAAUCUUAACACGCCACCAAGGUGCCAGAAAUAUGCACUAGACUUAUUUAUAUUUUUAUUGAUUUUAAUACGUGUACACAGACUUUAAAAACACUCGACUUUGUUAAAAACUGAUUUAUACACACGGCCUUUGAAAUCAUAAUCAACAAAUCAACUCUGAGGAACUAAGAUAACCCGGUACUAUGUACUUUUUAAACCUUUCGUACGAAAAAUAUUUAUUAUACAGAACAAAAUUCACAUUCUUAAUUACGAUGUUAAUGAAAAAAAAAAA